CCCGCCCCCCGGCGCCGCGGUAGGAAGUGACCUAAGCCGCCGCCCGGCGCCGUUCCCACCGGCCGUGGCGGACGUGGGUGGCGCGCGCCAUGCCCGCCGAACGGUCUCCGGGCUCGCGGGCGCCGCACCGGCCGGGCAGGUGCUGUCACUAACCCCCCAGGACAGAGCCGCUGGGCCGAUGCCAUGGGGGAGCCUGGCAGAGAGGAGUAUAGAAUCCAGUCCUUUGAUGCAGAGACCCAGCAGCUGCUGAAGACAGCACUCAAAGAUCCAGGUGCCGUGGACUUGGAGAAAGUGGCCAAUGUGAUUGUGGACCAUUCUCUGCAGGACCGCGUGUUCAGCAAGGAAGCAGGACGCAUGUGCUAUGCCGUCAUUCAGGCAGAGAGCAAGCAAGCGGGCCAGAGUGUCUUCCGGCGAGGCCUCCUCAACCGGCUGCAGCAGGAGUACCAGGCCCGGGAGCAGCUGCGCGCCCGCUCCCCGCGGGGCUGGGUCUGCUAUGUCACCUUCAUCUGCAACAUCUUCGACUACUUGAGGGUGAACAACAUGCCCAUGAUGGCCCUGGUGAACCCCGUCUAUGACUGCCUCUUCCGGCUGGCCCAGCCCGACAGUCUGAGCGAGGAGGAGGAGGUGGACUGCCUGGUGCUGCAGCUGCACCGCGUCGGGGAGCAGCUAGAGAAGAUGAACAGGCAGCGGAUGGAUGAGCUCUUUGUCCUCAUCCGGGACGGCUUCCUGCUCCUCACCGACCUCAGCUCGCUGGCCCAGCUGCUGCUGCUGGAGAUCAUCGAGUUCCGGGCCGCUGGCUGGAAGAUGACCCCAGCCGCCCACAAGUAUUACUACAGCGAAGUCUCCGACUAGGCCUCCGGACCGGCUUCCCGCCAGCAGCACUGGCCUGCUUCUGCCACCUCCCACCUCCACCUCCCAGCAGUCUUUGCUCCUCCAGACUUCACUUCCAGCCUUCAGCAGCUCCCGAGAGGUUUCCCACUUAUCCAGGGGUUCUGCCCUGAGCUUCUCCUCCUCCCCUCAGUCUCUCCCAUACGUCCCACCAUAUCCUAACCACCACUGCACUGUGUAACCACUGGCACCUCGGUUUCCCAUCUGUAAAAUGGGUACCCAUAGCCUCUGGUAGGAUGCUUUGGAAUUUCAAGGGGGAAAGGUGCAGGGUACAAGUCACACCAGAAAUUUUUAUAUGUUUUGUAUAAGGACCACUUUGGAAACAGAUGUAUUUCCUCCAGUUUUCAUGGGUGGCAGUACUGUAUCACAUGCUACACAGUUCAGGGUGAGAGUUUCCUAAUAAACCUUUGAGAUACUAA